AUACAGUACACAGCGAUGAGCAGGAUGUAAGAAGCCCCAUGUGAAUUUUCUUACUGCUCUUUUUGUGGGGAGGGGGGAAUUCCCCCCCCCCAAUCACAUGAUACAUUUCUAGUACUUAGUCUUGGGCUGUUGCAGUUGGCGUGCAUUAAUUGGGGUUGGUGCACAUCAUUCAGUGAGCCUAUGGAGGCUGCUGAAAUGGUUUCCUUCAUGGGAACUUCAUGAGACGUUUGUGUGCACUGGUGUGCCAUGUGGGUUGGAUGGUUUUUCUCUGCACCAUUGGUGAGUGGUGGUGGGGGGACAGUAUCAUGUGCUCUCAUUCUCAUUAUCUGAAGCAUAUUGAAGUCUCUAACUGGAGGAACUUCUUUAUUUCUCAGGAAUGGAGGAACCUCUUGUGGCUUAUUUGGUGGCAUGUCGAUUUCAGUCUUGGUUUUCCUGUGCACUCUUACAAAAGCCACCCAGCUAUAAAAGGAAAGGAAAGGGCAAAGAUGCUGACGCUAUUGUUCCAUUUGCUGUUUGCUGUCCAUACUCAGAACUCGCAAUUCUGACCAGCAAGCUGAACUGCAGGGUCCAGGCAAAGACCUCAUUUCCUCUGUCCUUGGGAUCUCUGGAAAGGAGCAAAGAGGCCAAUCCCUCUAUUCCCCACUUGAAGAUAUCAGAAACUGCUUCUGCUCAGGGAAUCACUUCUGGACCGCAUCGAAAUGGCCAAGAGGUAAUCUGGAAUGGAGGCAAACACAGGAGGAAAAGAUCUCCCCUGCACACGGGUGAAGCAGUAUUGCAAUCAUGUCUGCAAUUAAUGGCUGACAGCACAAGUGACAUUCAGCAGCAUGAUGGUUCAAGUAUAGUUCCAUGGCUGCUUAGCUUUAAAAGAGGAACAGCUCUGGAAGAGCAAGGGAAUAAAAUAUUGGUCAGAGAAACAGGCUACUUUUUCAUAUAUGGCCAGGUUUUAUAUACAGAUGGACUGUUUGUUAUGGGACAUUUAAUCCAGAGGAAAAAAGCCCAUGUUGUUGGUGAUGAUCUCAGUUUGGUGACACUAUUUCGUUGCAUCCAAAACAUGCCUCCUGCUAAUCCUAACAACUCUUGUUAUACUGCUGGCAUUGCAAAAUUAGAAGAAGGGGAUGAGCUUCAGCUCACCAUACCACGGAGAGGAGCCAGCAUAGCCUUGGAUGGAGAUGUUACUUUUUUUGGUGCAGUCAGACUUCUAUGAUGAUCUUCUGUUCCUCACCAUUCCUCUUUCAGCUGCUUUUGAAGCUCCAGAAAAUAUAUAUAUAUUGUCUCAGGGGUAGUUGUUGGGUUUUGUUAUUAAUUGUUUGGUUUGUGGAGUACCUUUCGGUUUCACUAACUUAUUCAAAACGGGAAACUCAACGGAUGUAUAUGUGCCACAUCACUCUCAUGUCAAUAACGAGAAAUGAAACUUGUCUUGGAGGAUAAAGAGUAGCUGUUACAUAAAAAACUAAGAAUCAUUAUCAAAAUACAAAGUCUGUUGAUGCAAUGUCUUGUAAUUAGAUCUAAAUACUACAAAUGCAAUCAAUAUAAAUAUAAUUACAAAAACCAAUUCUACACAAUUUUUCAAUAAUUCAGUAUUAGCUGUUCAUUAUCCAGUCAUUCCAUAAUGGCUGCAUCUACUCCAGUACUAAAGGAAUUUAUUAAUUAUCCUAACAUGGACUGUGUGUUUCUGCUAUCUUUACUAUACAUCAUAUGUGAUCUUAAAGCUUGUUAAUAGAAUCCAACACUUUAUUUCCCAUUGCACUGCAGAUGGAGUUUAUAUAUUCUUCCCGUUGUGAGCAAUCGGUAUUCCUAGCCACCAUAAGCAGACAAUAAAUUAACUCAAGUUCU